AGAUUUGUGUCCCGGUAGAAGUACUACUAAUCCCAGGAUUCUCGGUGGAGCUCCGUGAUUUCCGGUGAAAGUGUUGCCAGUGGGAAGCUGCGCGCAGGGGGGACCUGUUGGAGAUGACGCGAGCUGAAAUCUUGUUUCAGAAAAGAAAUCACAACAAACAACCCGGGGUCUAAGGCAGAGUGCGCCGAGCCAGCGGAAAACCGGGUAAUGCUCAAUGGAGACGCUCAUGAGUGCCGUGGCCCCGCGUCCGCCGGCGACGGUGAAGCGGCUGUCCGAGGUGGACUUCCGGUCGGGCACGACGCUGGAGCAGCUGUCGGCUCAGGUGCAGGAGCUCGUGCAGCUGGAACAGGAGGAGUUCGGAGACCAGACCGCGCUCGAGGUGCACACGGCCAAAGACUUCAUCUUUAAUAUGCUGGGCCUGGUGCAGAAGGUAGACAAGCGACUGCCGGUUGCCAAUGAAUACCUGCUGCUAUCAGGUGGGGCCAGGGAAGGUGUUCUUGACCUUAACCCAGAGGACCUAGGUGACUACGCCAAAGGUGUUGACUUUGAUUUGGACUUCACUCUUCUGGUGCCUGCUCUUAAACUGCAUGACCGCAAUCAGCCCGUGACACUGGACAUGCGGCAUUCCCCACCGUGCCAUUCAUGGCUGAGCCUGCGCCUCUGCGACCCUGCAAUGCAGACACGUUGGAGUAUCUGCUGUCAAGACGAGGAAAAUAGAGACAAUAAAGAUGUGGAAGAUGAGGAGGAAGAAAAUAAUGCAGUACGAGGCUCAAUCCAAUCCCUGCAGCCUCCUCAAUCAUUAGAUGGAUGUUACUUCUCUCCGUUGUUGGUUACUGAUUGGUUCUGGAGUGUAGUUGAAACAGUGGUGGAAGAGUUGCGGCGAAAUCCUCAAAGAGGAAUUCCUGUUCCUGAUCGUGUGGAGCGGAAUGGUCCACUAACAACGCUGAUUCUCAGUGCAGGAACUAGCCGUAUCCUUUAUGACUUGCUUCCAGUGGUGUCAUUUCGCGGCUGGCCGGCUGUUGCACAGAGCUGGCUCACGACCAACCAUUUCUGGGAUGGCAAAAUAACUGAGGAGGAGGCCAUCAGUGGGUUCUACUUGCUUCCUUGUUGUUCUCCAGCUGCCAGCCCCUCAACCAGACCUGACCGCGAAUGGAGACUUGCCUUCUCCCGCAGUGAGGUUCAGCUAAAGAAAUGCGUGCCCUACCCAAUGGCACAAGCCUUCCAAGCAGCUAAAGCUGUACUGUCAAGACUAUUAACUCGCCCUCGCACUGGCCUUAGCCUCUACCACCUACGUACCUUGAUGUUUUGGGCUUGUGAUCGCUUGCCUACGACCUACCUUAGCUGUCCAGAUCACGAGACUCCUGCACGGAUGUUCCUUGGUCUACUUGAUGACUUGGCUCACUGCAUUCUGGGCAAAAACAGUCCUAAUUACUUCCUCCCCCAGUGCAACAUGCUGGAGCACCUCACGGACAGCGCUGCCCUGCUAGUGGCACGAAAACUUGCACAUUUACGUUCUGAUCCCGCAGAGCACUUAAGAGCAGCUUUGGAGCAGGCACAACAGGCAUGCCAGCUCAAACGUGAGGCCGCAGUAGCUGCGAGCAAUGGCCAUGGGAUAUCAUCACCUAGCCAUGGAUAUGGUGCAGGAUCACCACAGGAUGAUCGGCUAGCGCAGCGUCUACAACAGCUGGUGACAGAAAACCCUGGCAAGUCUAUUUCAGUCUUCCUCAACCCAGAUGACGUUACACGCCCGCAUUUCCGCAUUGACGACAAGUUCUACUAAGUGGACUGAGCUGGUUUACACGCUGCCCAGGGUGUAAAUGACAUAAACCCUAUACGACAGAACUUAUAGAGGACAUAGUCAUGUCACUGUGCUACUGUAUCACACCAAAUAGUAAAAUUGAGUCUCCACAGAGGGUUUUCUUCCCUCUGUUUGGCUCAACCAGGCUGACUACAAUCAAAGCACUUGCUUGACACUCCAAUGAGGGAUUGUAUGAGUUUCACAGGUGUCACAAAUGUCAGGGAGAACAAAAGUAAGCGGGCAAGGAUAGAUUUUAGUUAUGCGACUCAUAUAAAAUCUAAAUUCAAUUGCAACCAAAGGAAAUCCCCAUUGGCAAGACUGCACAUCAAGUAGACUUUAUUCAAUGAUACUAUUCUGUAGAGUUCAAAGACUUUUUUUUUUUACUUGCUACUCAAUACUACUGAGAAAGGAAACUACUAUUUUCUGCUGUAUUCCACAAUGAAUCCCGAGGGCAGUAGAACUGGAAAACCAACUAGGCCAAGGUACAUUAUGAUGAAAUCGAAUGUAAUUUUUUUUGUGUGUGUAUGUGUGGAGAAGUUUGCGACUGUUGAUCACAUAAUCUUCUCUUUCUUUAGUCCGUCAGUUACCCUGCUUGCUCCCUUUCUCAGGUACUUUUUUUUCUUUCUUUUAACUGGUGAGUCUUGAGUUAUUCUACAGUCAAAAAUAACAAAAGCAGAAAGCGAGAAAAGGGCAAGGAAUAACUUGCAAAUCUAGGCCUUGUCCUUUAUGCAUCAGAAGCUGUUGUACAGUCCACAGAAACGAGUAUUUGAAACCAAUGCUGUUCUAAGCUAUUUUUGGUGACUUUUUUUUAUUUUUUUUUUAGGUUAAGUUAAAUGCAGAUGGUGCUGUAUCAAGUUUCAGAGACUAUUUUAGGGUAGUUGGAUAAUGAUAGGUUGAACUGACGACACUGAUUGAUGCAGAUUUAGUAUCUUCUUGGUUCCUGAUUGGAUUCUAAGCUGCACAUAAAUAAGCAGUAUGUGUUAGUGUUAUUCUAAGGGCUUUUCUUUGUCAGUCAUUGUUGCAUAUGUCUGGGUAAAGUGGAAUAUGAAAGAUGCUUUGGAAUGUGGGAUUUUGUGGUGAUAGGUUUGCCAGCACUGUUUGAACUGGAAUAAUAGAAAGACAGAUCUAGAGUGGGCAACAGAGGUUUAGAGAAAUGAUAGAAGGAACAUGUAAAGAUACAGAGGAAUGUAUUUCCGUGUCUUUUGUGCUUGUAAAAGGGUCCUACAUUAUCUCACUCUUGCAGAUUUGCAUUGGUAGCUGUGGGAGGCAGAGAUGGAUGGAGAAAGUCAAACACGUCGUCCACUGUAUAGAUUAGGCCGAACCAAUGGGACUCUUGGGACUGUAGACAUCUGCUCUCCCUCACUCAUUUUUGUUUUCUGUCUGCGUUUUAAAUCCUUCCCUCUUCUUUGGCCUCCAUCUCUGGCUGUUCUUUAUCCAUCUCUACCUUUUUGACUAUGCUCAAGGAUUAAAGUACAAUGUUACUUACAUGUGUAUUCAGCAUAAAUCGCGUUAGGGCCCUGUGGGAGUUGGCAGACUAUUUGUGUGUGCUGACGAUAUGGCUGCUGCGCAUAUACAGAGCAAUCAGUAACAGUGUUGCCUUUGAAUGAUGGUGAAAAUGGUGAAGAAUAGGCUUUUUCUAGUGGUUUUCUGAUUCCAAUAUGUGAGAUGUGCUACUGAAAGGAAUUUGUGUAGUGUUGCACAUGGUACAGGUUGGCUAUUAUAUAUAAUAUCUGCUGUAUGCCAAGGAAAAGACACCAAAGAGAGUUUAAAUUACCGAUUGCUUAGAUUAAAUGUCAUAAAGGAAAACGGAUUUAUCUCUAUUGUAUAUUGUGAGGGUGUGACACUGUAUACCUUAAAAGGCCUGUUUAGUGGGUUUAAAAAUUGUAAAAUGCUUGAAUCAGUAUUUGUAAUGCUAUUUUAUAUUGUUUUUUUCUGCAUGUUAUAAACUGUUGUUCAGCACAAUGUUGGAUAUCAAAUGAACAGUGGUACUAUGCAAUAUUUCAUAAUCAUCUCUAUGAAUGUGAUAUUAGGGCCUGCCAUGCCUGUGAUAAUUACCAAGAGUGUUUUAUACAAUGAUUUCAUUGGAAA